AUGGUGCUGCCGGGGUCCUGCUGCCCUCUCCCGGGACUCGUCCCGCUGCCCCAGACGGGCGCGUCGCGGUGCCACCGCCCGUGCCCCCUGCUGCUGUUCCGCUCGCUGCUCGGGCUGGGGCUGCUGCAGACCGGCCUGGGUUGCGCCCUGGUGGCUCUGUGCUUCGGGGCGCUGUCGCUGAGCAGCGCCCCUCAGGUGAAGAACGCGUGCCCCCUCUGGGCCGGCUCCUCGGCAAUCUUAUGUGGAAUUUUAGGAUUAACAACAUGGAAGAGGCCAAUGCGGCUUUUGGUUAACCUGUUUGUUCUGCUGUCUAUGAUCAGUUUUAUGCUGAACGUGACUGGAUUAAUACUAGGAUGUCAAGGCAUUCAGUUUGCGUCUGGGGUACCCAGAUGCGAUUUGAUGGAUAUGGAUGAAAACAAGACUUGUUUUUGCUGUGAAGAACUUCAUCCUACUACCUGCACAGAAGCAAAGGCUGUACUGAAGCUAUACCACGUGAAGUCAUGCAGUGCUGCCCACCGUGUUCUCAAGAAGGUUCUCUUAGCUCUUAGUGCCCUGAAUGCUCUCACUGCCACAGUUUGCUUCACAGCGGCUGCCCUGCAUUACUUACUGACACUUGCAUCACGAAGAUCCUGCAGCGAUGAAUGUGAGAUUGAAGGUGAAGAUCACAAUUUGGAUCCUGAUGACUUUGUCCCACCUGUCCCACCUCCGUCCUAUUUUGCAACUUUUAAUUCUUGUACUCCACAAAGUCACAGCACACCUGUCUCUGAUGUGAUUUCACUGCACUAUAUUUAUGUAACACGAAUCAGAGGGGUUGAAGUGUACUGCCCUCUGGACCCACCUCCACCCUACGAAACUGUGUGCAGCUUAAAAAGCUCUGAGCAGGGAGGUGCACUUCAAAUAAAUGGUGUGGAAGAGCUUGAUUCAGGGGAAGUAAGUGACAGGCAGUCCUCUCAAGCUGAAGAAAUUCAGGAGCCUUCCAGCAGAGUGAGCCUUUCCCCUUCAAAUGCAUGCUGUGUGCCUGCAGGAAUGAACAGGAGAGCCUUCAGUCCCUUGCGGAAAUGUUCCAAAAGUGACCCUGGGCUCCUGCACUGCCAGCUGCCUCAGGGGACAGUGCUCAGCUGUGAAACUGCAACACUCAAUGAUGUAAAUCCACUGAACGCUGUCACCUUGCGGAAGAGCUCAAGAGCCAGAGCUUCGAAGGGAAGACCCCAGUCUCUGAUAGACUAUAACUCUUACAUGGACACUAAACAGCGUGUGGCAUGGAUCCUUGAGCAGUCCUGCAGCAUGAGCCCAGACAUACAUGACUUGGUGGAAAAUAUCAAGUCUGUUUUAAAAUCAGAUGAGAAACAUAUGGCAGAAGCUGUCACCAGUGCCACUUUCCUUGAGCAGGUGAUGACACCUGCCCAGCAAGCCACAUCAUUGAGAGUCCAUGUGUUGCCUUCUAGAUUGCACCCUGGAUCGCUGUACCUGGAGAGCUGUGGUGACCUGAGUACUUUCACCAUAGAGGGAGAACAGCUAGCAGAGAGGAGAAUCCAAAGAGCAGAACAUGAACGGCCUCACAGUGUUAUUGGUGUUAUUAGAGAAACUGUGCUUUGA